AAGGAGUCUUUUUUCCUCCAUUUCUCUCGCACCGGCAAAGACCAUCGGAGUCAUCAAGCAUAAUACGAUGCAAAAGAGGAAAAGAGAAGCAACAGAUUCAAAUGUUGCUGAUGGGGGCGACGAACAUGAUGGUACCAUUUCCCUCUUUGAUUUUCUCCCUAAAACAACUAAUAAAGAUAAACUUGUGGAGUUUUAUGAGAUAACAACGGCGACGAGAGAGAUCUUGCCGGCGCAUUAUGUGUUCAAGAUCGAGUCUUUCUCUCAAUUAUCAAAGAACGACAUCACCAUGCAUGAGACGAACGAUUUCAAAGUUGGUGACCAGAAGUGGAGAUUGAUUCUCUAUCCUAAUGGAGACAAGAACAAGAAGGGAGAAGAUCACGUGUCCCUAUAUCUGGCAGUUUCUGAGGCCAAUCCUCUGAAAGUUGGCUGGGAGAUAAUUGCAACUGUUAGGUUCUUUGUGUUUGAUCAAAUUCACGAUGAAUACUUGUUUAAAGAAGGGAAAGACAGGAGGUUUCAUGCAUUGAAGUCUAAAUGGGGUAUUCCAAGAUUUAUGCCGCUAAAAACUUUCAUCAAUCCGUCAAACGGCUACCUUGUUGAUGACACUUGUGUGUUUGGAGUGGAGGUUUUUGUUGUCAAAAGUUUAGGUCUGGGUGAAUGCUUGACCCUAAAAGUGAGUCCGAAGUCUGUUAGUCACGAAUGGAAGAUGUCAAACUUCUCCACUUUGGUGAAUGACUGCUACUCUGAAGUAUUCACGGCGGGGAAUCACAACUGGAAGUUACAUCUACAUCCAAGGGGUGAUGGGCGUAACAGGGACAAAAAUCUUUCGAUUCUUCUUUGUUUAGUAAAUUCAGGUGAUCAGAAAGUCAAAGCCACUUUUACCAUUCGGUUGAGAGGGGAAGCUGGCAAGAUGUAUCAGCGGACAGGUCUUAAUUGGUUUGGUGGUCCAAAUAAAGAGUGGGGUUGGCCCUCCUUCUUUCCGCUGAAAGCUGUUCAAGAUUACUUAGUUGGCAAUGCGUGUGUCGUGGAGGCUGAAGUGAAAGUUCUUGGCACAGUGAGUAAACUGCCAUGAUUUAUUGCUGAGUUCAUGAUCAAUAACUAACUUAUGUUUCUUCCGUGGGUUGAGCAUGUUUUUUUUUCUUCCUCUUGGGUUAGGACAUCCCUUGUUGGAUAACUUUUGGGUUAUUAGUGUAUUGUGACAGUUUGUUAACCAAAUCUUGAUCCUCUUAAGGCAAGGUGGGAAAUAUAACUGCAAACUUUUUCGUCUGCCUC